CCUUUGGAGUUUGGAGUAUCGCGUAGUUUCGUGUUCUCGCGAGAGAAUACCAGCUUACACUUUGAGAAACGCUGUAUCAAUCUACUAACCGACUGUCGCAAUUAAAUCAGAGGAUAAUUGAGAAGGCGCCAAAACUACUUCACCAUUUAACGAUUUAUUAAAAAGGAAUUUAAAGAAAAGUUACAUCGGUUUCGAGGCAUUACAAUAGUUGAGCAGCGUCGUGAGAAUAGUUGACAGAGCCGCACGAGUUAUCAGCGUAGGCUGUAAGUGGUAGGUACUUAGUAAUAGUGUACGAAUAGCGCAUAUGGGUCGUAAAGUUUCUCUUCGAGUUUUCUUAUCUCUGCGUGGUCUCGAUGUAUUUAAGUAGUGCUCAGAAUUUCAUUGAAGUAAGCGGUUCUCUACGCGAACGAAUAGCCACGGUCGCGUUACGAAGCGCGAGUAGCUCAGCGUUACAUUCGUCUCUGGAUCGCGUAUACUUUUACCUCGCGUCAGAAAUAAUUUUAAACGCUGUUCUUGCAUUCUCGUUUUGUCCCACAUUCGUUUGAUAAAUUCAUCUGACCCUUGACGAUAUGAACCAAGAAUCUGUUUCACGCGAUGUUCCAGUGACUCUUGUCCUCGUUGACGAAACGCCACGAACGAUCGUUCGACGAUAGAUCUCGAAUGCUGGUUGCUAAUUUUAGAGUCGAUACCGUCUCCUCGAGCACUCUGUCUGUUUCAUCGGUGCUUUCGCGUCCAUUCUGUGCUUCGGGUAACUCGAUCGAAUGCGUUACAACGAACAUCCGAAAACGAGAUCGAAGAUCAACAAUAUCUAUCGUGUUUCGUUUCGCUUACGAUCCUGAUUCUACGGGCAAUUUGCGAACGACAUUCGACUAUCGUCAUUAUUACGGUCGUUAAAGUUAUAUUAGAAGCGAUGCAUCGGCGCGACACACGGAUACGUAUACUGCCCCCCAUGAAUAACGCAGAACCCCGACCUAUAUUUUCGAGCGGCUAUUUCUCCUCCAUAAAGUUAUUUUAGGCACCGUCGUUUCUCUGCUCUCGAAUCGGGAGAACGGUGGACAAACUUUGUACGCGACAUCGCCUGUUAGCUGGUCAGAAGAAGCGAUUUCCAUCAGCUCUUUUACGCGCGUAUAUUUAGCGACGAGUACGAACAGUUAGCUUAAACGUGCUGCCGUCAAAAGGUCAAUUAACUCAGUAAUUUUAUAGAGGAAAAAUAAUUGAGAGAUAAAUUGUAAGUAACCUAGGUUGUACGCGAGUAUUCGAGACACAGCGAGUACGGACAAAAUUGAUUAGUUCGCUGAAAGCGAUGUCUCGUCAAUGCCUAUACUGUUCGAACUACUUCGAUAACUAUUGAUAAUUCGUGUAACACUGCACGAACCAUUGACGCUAGAAAUUCUUAGCGGCGCAUUUAUCGCGGUCGACGACGUUUUCAAACGGUGAAAGUGAAAUUCUAUCUUCGGUACACGGUUUUAGCGUUCCAAUCGUUCGCACUUUCGCGCCCGUUCACUCUUUCAUGCAUUCCUGUCUCUCGGCGUUUUAUCUGCAUUCGCUGAUUUAUCACGUUUCGUUCGACAUUUUGAAUACGUUUGAAUAUUUCGGAGAAACGCGCAAGGACGCGUGGCUAUUAGCAGAAUUUGUCGCGAGAAAGGAAAAUCGAGAACGCGUGCCUGGAACAACGAGACCGUUUCUAGGAUGAAAGUUUGAUCGAUGUCGGUGAUGUUCGAAGUUAACGACACGGCAGUAAAGAAAAGCAAGAUGUCGAGAAAAUGUCCGUCCAAUUGGACGUUGGUCGACGAAAAUAUCGAAAAUGUGGAGCAUGUAAAGCUGGAUCCCGAAAUGCAACGAGGACUGGGCUGUUUUGUUGGCGAGCACGUGUUUCUCGAAUACCCGUGGGCGUACGUGAAACGAGAUCUCGUUACGUAUCUCUCAAACCUCUCGGAAUCGUCUUUAGCAAGGUUUCAACAAAGAAUUCAUUCGUACAAAGCCGAUACUUUUCUUCUAGGUUAUUCCUCGACUCGACUGAUUUCCGACGAAUUCGUGAUUUGCCUCAGCGAAGACGCGAAGCGCGUGGUUUCCGAACGAAACAGAGAUAUUUCCAAGUAUAUCUGGAACAAAGUUGCAAAUAAAGUGAGAAAACAGGCGAAACCGUGGCGAUGUUUGGGCAGCGAGUUUGAAGUAGACGAAACGUUCGUGAAAAAUACUAGAGAAUUGUUCGAAGUGGAAAUUGUAUUACCAGGGAGAUUGUUGGGUACGAAUCGAAAAUUGUGCGACAGAAGUUCGAACGACUCUAGAGAUAGCUACGCGCAACUGGUGAACGCGAACGAAAAUUUCGAAAAUGUCGAAAGAAAAUGCAUAGACAGAGUCGUUCAAACGCAUCUUCCGACUCGAGAGGCCUUCGUUCAAACGUGUCUGGAGAAUCCUAGAAACGCGUGGACACAGUACGUGUACGAAGACAUCUUGAAGGAUGCACUUGUCGGCGAAGAAGGUCUCGAAGAGGAUGGAGAAUCGGACGAUAAAUCGGAUAAGAACGUCGACGAGCGAUCUCGAGAAGACAAGGACAUCGAACAAGCAAUCAGAGACAAAUCACCACUGGAAUUAUUUCUUGAGAGUCGAUCGCCGAUGAUGAUCGAUGUUAUCAGGUACAACGCUGCAAUGAAUUUGUACGUGGACGACGUUCAAAGUUUAUCCCGGUUCGAACAUAAAAUUGAAACGCUUUCCGAAACGAAUACCUUCCAGGAACGUUGUUCGUUCAGCGACUUCGAUCUCGCCGUCGACAAAACUAUCUCGGACGUUUGCGUGCGUUCCGAGCUAACGGAAUACCUAGCGAUCUCGUACAUCAGCGCUUCUACUCGAAUUUCGGUAAACGAAAUGAUGAACGAACGCGAAUUUCGGUCUAGGGUGCUUCUUUGGACGUUUCGUGAUCCGCUUCGUCCGCGUCUCAGUCUUCAGGACCACAGAGAGAUUUACCGUGUAUGUUUUUGCCCGUACGACGACGAUUUAGUGAUAGGAGGCUGUUCUAGCGGUCAGGUGAUCGUUUGGAAUAUCGGAGAGUACUGGAGCAACGAUCGAACGGAUAAAUAUAUAAAAUUUCGAAGAUCAUCGCGAAACAAUGUGCCAGUAGUUCGGCCAAUUAUUGUUUCGGAUAAACAUAGUUCUCAUUGCCUACCUGUUCGAACGAUUCGAUGGAUACCUGCCAACUAUAGGAUAGAGCCAAAUGGAAAGUUGACAAAAUCAUCUGUUUCCUCGAGCGCGCAGUUUCUAACCGCUUCCGAGGACGGCACGGUAGCCUUUUGGAAUCUUUCUGUUCGCUCGAAACACAUCGUUCGCGGCGACGAGAUUUUUCAACCCGUUUUUCGUUUAAGAGUUCCAAACUCGAGUCAAGAACCACGGAAUUUUAAUCUGUUAUGUUUGUGCCUUCCAUCGAUCAAAGUUUUGGACGAGCGCGAUCUUCGCGAAACUUCGCGAGAAAUCUCGCACGAUCGGUCGAAUUCGAAUGGAACACGGUACACGAAGAGUUUGUGGAUAGGUUGCACGGAAGGAUUGAUAAAGUGUAGAUGGGAAGAGCAGCCAGAGGGUACAGUAGAAACGGUCGAAUGUAAAAUCUUGAGUCGUUCGUACGCGCACGACGGCCCAGUAACAGAAAUCACGAGGUCUCCUCAUCAUCAAGACGUUCUUUUAACGAUCGGUGGUCGAGUGUUUGCCAUUUGGAGGGACGAUUAUUUGGAUUCUCCCGUAUUUCGAAGAAGAGCUCGCAAGUAUACGACUUGUUGUUGGGCCAACGAACCCGGUGUUUUCGUGCUCGGCACUGUCGAUGGUAUACUCGAAAUUUGGGAUAUAAAAAACGAACCGAAUCAGCCGGUGUUCUCACGAGUCGUAUCGUCCAGAUCGAUCAGUAGCUUGAUCACGUUGGAUUACUCGGCGUCUAAAGGUUCGAAGAUGAUCGGCGCAGGCGAUCAAAAUGGACAUUUUCGCGUGUUCGAAGAACCACAGAUCUUUCGUAGCGGUCAGACAUCGGUCGAGAGGAUGGAUUGGUUCGAGGAAUACAUAUGGAGAGAAGUACGUAGAAAGAGAGUUUUCAGCGGCUGGCAAGAGGAUUUUCUCGCCAAUGAUCCGGUCAUGACAGCGAAGCGAGCAACUAGGCACGACGAAGAACGCAAGAGAGAAGAGGAAAAGGCGAGAGAAAGGCUUCGGAGAGAGCGGGAAACGCGUUUGAAAUCGAAAGCCGAGAAAAGGGUGCGCAGUGCUCCGCUGCCGAAGGAUGUUGCAUGGAAAUCGAAGGAAUAUCACAGAAUGAAAAGUGUUCUGUUGAGUAAAAAAGGUUUGAUUCCUGACGUGCUCCAAGCGCAAAGACUGCCUCUCGUUGUAGCGCAGACCGAAAGGGCUGCAAAGUUGAAAAAAGCUCGAGACAAAGUUGCCAAUCAGGAAGUAUACUUUUCGAACGAACUGCUCGUCGAUUUUCCGGAACUGUUCGAAACGAAGGACGAAUCGUCGAAAUUCAAAGGACCGGUCGAACAAGAGAAAUCCGUAGUCGAUUACUUAGAGAAAUUCAAUGAAAUACGCGAUCGAGCUAACGAGAUAUUUGCAAACAAUUCGAAGUUUUUGAACGAUUGACAUAUUUCUUCUAUUUAUACGCAAGAAAGUAUUUGCGACGGCACAGUUAAGGAUAUCGAGAAAAUGAAAUAUAUGUAUAUAAUGAAAUGCAUUUUUUUACG